AUGAGCCUCAGUCAAAGCUGCCUUCAAUACAUGCUCUUAGGCAGCAGUUAUAAGCUAGCAGUUCUGCAUAGGCUGGUCUCCUCUUGGGGUCGUGCUGCUGCUGUGUGGACGAUCGAUACACGGAGGGAGAGGAGUGACGGGACGCCAGGGCAUUGUGGGCUCGUGGCAAGAGGGGUUGAAGUGUUAAACAGCUGCGCGGUCAGGUGUGAAGAGGAAGUGGUCAACCGUAGUGUCUACCAUUAUGAAGAGGAGAUUCCGAAGCAGCAGUUCAGGUGGCAGUGUCUUGGUAUUUGGAGGCUUUUUGUUCCUCUUGCAUUCGGCCUUGUGCGGUGGUGUGUGGUGCUGCGUGGUGGGGCAGGAGGGGCAGAUUCUUCCAAGGAACAGCAGCGAGUGUGGCAAUUCAAGUGCCUAGUGGUCAGGGGAGGAAGACUGUCAAUGGGUAUUAGCAACGUCAAUGGAUGGCUAUUGGAGCAGCAGAGGAGCAAGCAGGUGGGGGUAUCUUGGCUUGUAGCUGCAAGUUCUUCGUUUUUGGACGCAUUUGGUGCUGUGCGGUACUAUGCAGUGGCAGGAGUGGCAGAGCGAUUCGAGCAACAGCAGAAAGGGGAUAUAUUUCUCCAGCGAUUAGUCCUUCAGUGCUGCGUGGUGGGGCAGGAGCUGUAG